AUGGAGUACUUAUCAUGUAAUCAAACCCGUCACCGUUUCCAUUGGAGAGUCAGCUACUCAACACUUAAAUAUCAUUCAGCAACAUUUUCUUUUCUUGAGUUGUUGCCAUACCUCGAUUACGCAGGUACCGUCGUAGUGCCCGUUCUGGUGCGCGAUCUCCAUGUAAAGGGCGAUAAUUGCGAUGCGCUGUUGAUACGUCCGGAGAAAGUUGAGAUUAUGGGCACUUUGUCCACUGCUUCCCAAAAGAAAACAGUUUCCAAGGCCCAGAAACAGUUACCGCUCGUUAGCCAGCUGUCAUACAGUGCUGGAGAGCCACUUCAAGGAUCGUCUCACUCAGACGUCAGUGGAAGCACCACCGACUCUCGUAGAAGUAUAUAG